ACACUAAAAUAUUUGGUAGUAUCCAUAUAACAACCUCAGAAAAAACAUAAACCAGGUUCCUCUCUCCUCAUCUCCAUAAAAACCAUCAUUUUGUGUUAUACAUAACAAGAUUCUGAAGCACUAUAGCUUAGAAAAUCUUCUCUGUUCCUGAUCUCCCUCCCCCUCUCUAAAUCUCUGCCAAUUAGGAAGAAUGGCAGGUGUUGCGAGAGAGAUGGAAGAUUUCAAGGCAGCAAACAGGACGUUCGGUGGUGAAUGGAGGCUUGCGACGAAAGAUAAUAAUACUUCAUCAAAUCAACCAUCAUCUCAUCGCAGCACGCCGGAUCCCCCUCCUCAACCUAUCCGUUUACGAACACCACCAAUGCACAACAAGGCCAGCAACAAUUACACGAAUUACAACUAUAAUUCUCGUCCGACAUGGGGCGUUGGCAACCCUGAAUUGAAGAGGCAACGCCGUGUGGUGAAGUACAAGUCCUAUGCUGUUGAAGCCAAGUUGAAAUCUUCGUUAAGGCACGGGUUUCGUUGGAUGAAGAACAAGUACUGCGAAUUUGUUCGUGGCUACUAGGUUGCAAUGAUGAUCAAGAUGAAGCAGAGAGGGGGUUGUUUUCUGAAUCUUGUUUUUCCUUGCUCCUUGAGAUAAUGUAAAAUACGAGAAGUAAUUCAAGGAAGAAUAUGUUGAUUUUUUUGCUGUACAUAACAAUUUACAGAACCCAUGCUCUUUUCUUUGUCCUUCCUGGUUAUAAUCUCGGGCAAUAACAACGUUUGUAUGCAAGUUUUAAGCUGA